CAAAGCUAUACAGAGAGAAAGAGAAACUGUAUUAUUGUCUGCACAGUUCUAGUUACAGAAAUUAAGAGACGGAGCGGGAAAAGGGAAAAAAACAUCUUACAAAUUACGCCGUGAAUUCAGAAAAUGGCGUCCAAGUUGUGCGACUCCUGCAAAUCGGCGACGGCAACUCUCUUCUGCCGGGCUGAUUCAGCAUUUCUAUGCGUCAAUUGCGACUCCAAGGUUCAUGCUGCGAACAAGCUCGCUUCCCGCCACGCGAGGGUGUGGGUGUGCGAGGUCUGCGAGCAGGCGCCGGCUCAUGUCACCUGUAAAGCCGACGCCGCCGCCCUUUGCGUCACCUGCGACCGUGAUAUCCACUCCGCAAACCCGCUAGCCAGAAGGCACGAGCGCGUUCCCGUCACCCCCUUCUAUGACUCCGUUGCCUCAGCUCCCGGAGCAGUCAAGCCCAACGCUGCAGCAACUGCCGUCAACUUCCUGGACGAUCGCUACUUCUCCGACGUCGACGGCGACGCUGACGUCAGCAGGGAGGAGGCUGAGGCAGCAUCGUGGCUUCUGCCGAACCCGAACUCGAAGGCAGUGGCGGCGAGCCCUGACCUGAAUACUGGUCAAUUCAUGUUCUCAGACAUGGAUCCGUAUCUGGAUCUUGAUUACGGGCCGGUUGAUCCGAAACUGGAGGCCCAAGAACAGAACAGUUCCGGCACAGAUGGAGUGGUUCCGGUGCAGAGCAGGAGCGUGCAGGCUCCAUUGGUGAACGAGCACUGCUUCGACCUGGAUUUUGGCGCCUCCAAAUAUUUUCCUUACGGGUACAACGGUCACUCUCUCAGUCACAGUGUGUCUUCAUCGUCGGUGGAUGUUGGCGUGGUGCCAGAUGGAGGAUCAAUGGCUGACAUAACAAAUCCGUACAGUAGGGGAGCGGAGUCAGGAAAUCAGACGGCGGCGCAGCUUUCAUCAGCCGACAGAGAAGCGAGGGUGUUGAGGUACAGAGAGAAAAGAAAGAAUCGCAAGUUCGAGAAGACGAUACGGUACGCAUCACGAAAAGCGUAUGCCGAGAUGAGGCCGCGCAUCAAGGGAAGGUUCGCCAAGCGAACCGACAUCGAAGUCGACGCCGAUCGCAACAGUAUCUACGGAUUCGGCAUCGUUCCGACCUUUUAAAUUCUAAAAACUAAUUAUCAUAAAACCUUGUAAUCAUAAAUAAAAAAAAGAUUCUACUCUCCGUCCUGGUACCAAGUAAUUUUUAGUUUUUGGGCAAAUUUUGGGUUUUGCCAACCAUUUUCACCAAGUUGGUUAUUAUUAAUUAUUAUUAAUUUUCUGGUUUUGGGGAAGCUGCAGUUGAAACCUUGAACGGUGGGGGGGUGUGUUUUGUGUAUAUGGUCGAGUAGGAGGUGUUUGUAGAAGUUUUUUAAGUCGUAGCAAAUAGGCUUUGAUCAAAAUGGACCUGUACUAAGGUGAUGCUAGUUUUAGAGCUGUAAAGCUCACCAACUUUUUUUCUCACAUUAUUUUGGAGCUUAUGGUUUUUGUUGAAAUUAUUAAUUUAUCAUUAUAUCUUAA